CUAGAGCUCAAUCUAAAUCCUAUUCAUUUUUCAGGAAUGGCAAAUUUCAUGCUCAACAAAAGCGUCUACAAGCUGGUCCUGUUCAUCACCUUUCUUAAACUCUCAGUUUCUAAAGAUACACUCUUUCCAAAUGAAACUAUGAGUGUUUUGCAGACUUUGGUUUCUGAAAGCCAAGUUUUCGAGCUGGGAUUUUUCCGACCUGGGAAAUCCACAAACAGCUUCUUGGGCGUGCGCUACAAGAGCACACCAGAUGUCAUAGUUUGGGUUGCAAACAGAAACAUUCCCAUCACUGAUCCACAAGGAGUCAUUUUCGCGGUUUCUGGAAAUGGAAGUGGUGUCAUAAGUAGAGGUGGAAGCAUUAUCUGGUCGUCAAAACCAUUGGGAGUGGCAUCAAAUCCAGUUUUAAAGCUCCUGGAAACUGGAAACCUGGUUGUUGUAGACGAUGCGAGGCAAGGCUACAUAUGGCAGAGCUUUGAUUAUCCAACUGAUACCUGGUUGCCAGGAAUGAAACUGGUGGCCAACGGCAUGGAUGUUGGCAGAGAGACAUAUUUGACAUCAUGGAACAAUUCAGACGAUCCUUCGCCAGGCGAGUUUCAUUUCAAGAUUGACAAUCAGGGCUUGCCUGAUUUGGUCGUUUACAGAGGAGAAACCAAAAUAUUUCGAGCUGGAAAGUGGAAUGGAAUUCACUUAACCAGCCUUCCACCUUUUCCAAGUCCCACUGUUCAAGUUUACUUGGCUUUCCAAGGGGAGAGGUUAGCAUCCGUGAUGGAAGGGCCUUAUAACAGCUCAAUUUUCACAAGGUUACAGCUAGACGCAUCCGGUUCACUCCGGCGGUAUACUAUGAGCUCAACAAAAGAUACGUGGAAUCAUGUAUUCACAUUUCCAACAGACAAGUGUGAUGAAUAUGGUUACUGUGGUCCGUAUGCAAUCUGCAGAAUCGAGAAACAGCAAAGAUGCGAGUGUUUCAAGGGAUUCUCCCCCAAGGUACAAAAUGAUUGGGACCGUCAAGAUUGGCGUGGUGGAUGCAGGAGAGAUGAGCCGUUGAAUUGUGAGGCUGGAGAUGAUUUUCAUGAGGUUACUGGGGUUAGAUAUCCUGAUAUGCUGCAGUUUUGGAUGAAUAUGAGUAUGAGCCUCGGAGAAUGUAGAGCUUUGUGCUUGACAAACUGCAGCUGCACCGGGUAUGCAAAUCCAUACAUAACCAAUGGAGGCAGUGGCUGUCUCAUGUGGUUAGGAGACCUCAUUGAUAUCAGAGAGCUUCCUGGAGCUGAUAGUAAACAGAAUAUCUACAUUCGCUUACCAUGGGAACCAGGUUCUACAACAAACCUUGAGAAGAAGAUGAAGAAGAGAAGGCCUUCAAAACUAGUACUGAUAUUAGUUGCAUCUGGAAUUCUUUUGUCAGGCUUUAUCGGUGGAGGAAUACUUCUAAUGGCAAGACGAAAGAGAAGAGCAUUGAAAGCCAACCGUGAAGAUCUAGAAUUGCCUAUAUUCAAGUUGGCAACCAUCGUUGCAGCAACAAAAGAUUUCUCAAGGGAAAACUUGAUAGGAGAAGGAGGUUUCGGGCCUGUAUACAAGGGGAACUUAUCUGCAACCGAAGAAAUAGCUGUCAAAAGAUUGUCAAGAACUUCGCAACAAGGCAUUAAAGAGUUCAAGAAUGAAGUUAUCUUGAUUGCCAAACUUCAACAUAGAAACCUUGUCAGACUUUUGGGGUGCUGCAUUGAAGGAGAAGAAAGAAUGCUGAUCUAUGAAUACCUGAAGAAUAAAAGCCUCAACUAUUUUGUUUUCGAUCAAAAUCAAAGGAAACUUUUGACCUGGCCUAAGCGCUUUGACAUAAUCAUGGGAAUAGCUAGGGGGCUGCUAUAUCUUCAUCAAGACUCCAGAUUAAAGAUUAUCCAUAGGGAUCUAAAGACAAGCAAUAUUCUACUAGAUGGAGAUUUGAAUCCGAAGAUUUCAGACUUCGGGUUAGCAAGAAUUUUUGGAGAGGGUCAAUGUAUAGCUAGAACCAGAAGAGUUGUUGGGACAUAUGGCUAUAUGGCUCCAGAAUACGCUAUUGAUGGGAAGUAUUCGGUGAAAUCUGACAUCUUUGCCUUAGGAGUGAUAUUGUUAGAGAUUGUGAGUGGAAAGAAGAACAGAGGCUUCGACCACUAUGAUCAUUUUCAUAGCCUUUUGGGACAUGCAUGGUUGCUGUGGAAAGAAAACAACAUUCUGGAGCUAAUGGACGAAUGUUUGAGCAAUACAUUUAUCGAAUCUCAAGUGAAGAGAUGCAUACACGUCGGGUUAUUAUGUGUUCAAAAAUUUGCGGAAGAUAGGCCAAUCAUGUCAUCAGUGGUUUUCAUGUUAGGAACUGAUGGAGCAGUUCUUCCCGAACCUAAGGAGCCUGGGUUUUUCAACGAAAGGAGUCCGAGCUGCAUAACAAUUACUUGUCAAGAAACACUCACUAUCACGGAGAUGGAAGCCAGAUGAGGAGAUCUCACAUUCCACAAACAAUAAUGUCUUAGCUCUCUUGAAAAAUGAAUGCUGGUUAAUGACCUUAUCCUUUGAUUGUAAACGGAAUCAUCUAUGGUUUCCAAAUGAAAAUCUUUUGUGUAGAAAAACAUAAAUCCUUUUUCUGGUUUUGGAUUGAUGAUACACAGAGAAGAUGCCGGUUGUUGAAA